GCAGUGAAGCAUGUUGGCAUAUGGAAGUCUAAAGCCCAGUUAAUAUUCAGCCUGACCCCACCAACCUAAUCUAUCCCUGAGAAGGAGCUCUUAUUGCAGGAAGUGCAUUUCAAACAUGAGUGGCUUGUGCCAAGAUUUAGGUUAAUGUUUAACAGAGAAGUUAUAACCAUGCAGAAACUCUGACUUCCUCCUCCUGGGGCAAGGACCGAAAGCUGCCUUUGCUUGCAGAGGAAGAGGCAAAUGUUGAAAGAAGAGCAGUUCAGAUCACAGAGGUCUGGAGAACGGCAGCUUCACUUUGUAGAGAAAGGAGAAAAAUCCAAAAGGAGCAAGAGAUGUUUGCUAUAGAGAUAGGCAUCCUGGGCAACAGCAUCACCAUCAAGGCCACCAGGAUCCUGCAGAAGAAGGGCUACCUGCAGAAGGAGGUCACAGACCACAUGGUGAGCCUGGCCUGCUCUGAUCUGCUGGUCAUCCUGCUGGGUAUGCCCAUGGAAUUCUUCAGUGCCAUUUGGAGCCCCUUUUCUACUCCCAAUGGGAACGUGGCUUGCAAGCUCUACUACUUCCUCUUUGAAGCCUGCAGUUAUGCCACUGUGCUGCAUGUUGCCACCCUCAGCUUUGAGAGGUAUGUGGCUAUCUGCCACCCCUUUAAGUUCAAGGCCAUCUCUGGACCCCGCACGGUGAAGCUGCUCAUCGCUUUUGUCUGGGGGAUGUCUCUCAUAGUGGCUCUGCCUCUGCUCUUUGCCAUGGGCACAGAAUACCCCUUGGAAGCUAUUGAGGGCUACCAAGGUAUGACUGCCUGUGACAAGUCUAUGCCCAGGCACCACCUUCCUGAUCUGAAGCACAAUAUGACCAUCUGUACCAGCCUCUCCUCCAAGUGGUCUGUCUUUCAGGCCAGCAUCUUCAGUGCCUUUGCUGUGUACAUCAUAGUGCUGGGAUCUGUUACGUUCAUGUGCCACAGCAUGAUGAAGACCCUGAUGAUCCACAAGGAAGGAACUGUGGCAGUGAAGGGUGGACUAAAACACCAGGAGCAGCACCUAAGAAAAAGUGAGAGCUCAGAGGGAAAGAGCUCCAGGAGACAGAUCAUUUUAUUCCUGGGACUGAUUAUUGCAACUCUGGCCGUAUGCUGGAUGCCAAAUCAGGUUAGAAGGAUCAUGGCUGCUGCUAAACCAAAGCAGGACUGGACCGUCCCCUACUUUAGAGCAUACAUCACUCUUCUUCCCAUUGCCGACAUCUUCUUCUACCUCAGCUCGGUGGUGAACCCCCUCCUGUACAACAUCUCUUCUCAGCAGUUCCGCAGCGUGUUCCUGCAGGUCCUUCGCUGCCGCCUGACCAUACAGCAUGUCAACAAGGAGAAGUUUCUCAGAGCAAACGAGAGCUCCAGAGCAAGGAGCAGCCGGUCUCUGCGCCCACUGCUCUUCAUGUCAUCUAGGCGCAAUUCUUCUAGGAUGAGCAAUAACAAAGUUUUCUUAAGUACUUUUCAGAAUGAGACCAAGCCUGACUGCAGCCUACAGGAACCAGGACCCGAACCACAGCAGUCCAGCUUGGAAGUAGUACCCCUAGAGACUAGCUCAGAGCCCAGCCCAGACGCACCAAACGGCCUUUGUGAACAUCAAGUAUGACUUCAUAAGGCAAAGUUAAUGAUUAGCAAUGAACUUAAAAACAUGGAAAUCAAAAUUACCAAGGAAUUAACUACAUCUUAAAAUGAAAUAAUAUAGGUGGAUUUGUUUCCAGUUAUGCAACAAAAGCAGAGUUCUGUAUCCUGCUGAUGGGAUUUUUAAGUGCACCCUGGAAAUUCAAUCUGCUAACUGAAUUCAUUAGCUGCCGAAAAUAUCAGUCCCUUUCUCCCCACAACCACUGAAUUUCCCUCUUUGUUGACAGGGAUUUGGAAACAAACAGAAAAUAACUGCAGUGUCUUUGAAGAAAGGAGACAGAACAAACUUUGUCAAGGCAAAAAAAUACUUGCUUGAAGUUUAGCAAUACAAAACCCACAGAGCCAAUGUAAGGAGCAGAACAGUGGUUAUUGUGUGUGCCCUCAGCACCACGCCAGAAUUCCCCCUCUUCUUCGGCCGGGGUCCAUUGCAGAGUGGAGUGUUACAGCAGCUGAUACAAACAGAGUUCACCUUCCCCGGAGAACAAAAGGACUGGUACCCAGCAGAAGCUAUCAGACACGCUGCUGAAGAGGCGCAGGAUUUGCGAUACAUGAUUCCUGUGACACAGAGUAAAGGUUACUUAGUUUGAUAUGAACACUGUUUUGCUUUACAACACGAUUCAUGCUUGAAAACUGUUGCAAAACCUGUUUAGAUUUCUAAAGCCACGCUGGUGAUUUGAGCCAGAGCCCUCAGCUAUGACAGGACUAAUGGCUCUGCACUGCAGAAGAAGGUCAGCCACUCUGCUUCGGAUUUUCCUUUCCUUUGAUUCUGGUUGGAACCACAACUAUUAGACUCAAAUGAUGCAUUCUUAAAACCAGAAUUCCCGUCUUUUGGAAUAAACUGCUGGAAUAGUUGUAACUGAAAUGCAGUUAGUUUCAAAAUGGCUUUUGUUCCUGUUGCUGAACACGUGUGAGUUGUUUAAGGUGUCUAAUUACAGUUUUCUAUGCUGUUAAUUUGUCCUUUGAGCAUUUUUUUCCCUUUUCUUGCUCCUUUGCUUCACGCAGACAAGUAACCAAGAGUAAAAGGAGAACGACUAUCAGCAAAACUUCACACCCUCACCCCCUUUUAUUCUUUUAAAGAAAAACUAGAAAUACUUUUCCAGGUAAUCUCAGUUCUUGCUGUCUUUGAAGCUUAAUACCCUCAACAACAAAAAUUUCCCUUUGUACAGAAAUGGCUUUUCUGAGUUGAAAGUCUACCCUUUUAAAAUGUAAUUUAAAUUAAUCUAAUUUUAAUUCAUAAUAUAAUUAAAUUUAUAUUCUAUCAAAUUGUUUUUACCUGAAAAAGUACAUUCUGGUGCACAUAGGUGUUAUUUUAAAAUGGUUCAUAAAGGUUUUAAAAUACAUAGUUGCAUUUUCCCCUGACACUGGAAAAUGGCUGUGGCAGUUCCACAUCUCAUUGCUCCAACAUUUUCCUGCAAGUGAUACAGUAGAAAUUGUGUGUUGGAAAAACAUAUACAUAACACAUAAAUAGAUA